UGGGGGGCCAUUAUUCAGGCAUGAAGGUGACAGGAUGCGCGCCGACACCCUCCCCGACGCCCAACCCCACGCCCAGCCCCGCGCACAGCCCCGCGCCCUACCCGACGCCAAGUCCGCCGACGCUCAGCCCGACGACAAGCCCGACGCUCAGCCCGACGUUAAGCCCGACGACGCCCAGCCCGACGCCAAGUCCGCCGACGCUCAGCCCGACGACAAGCCCGACGCCCAGCCCGACGUUAAGCCCGACGACGCCCAGCCCGACGCCAAGUCCGCCGACGCUCAGCCCGACGACAAGCCCGACGCCCAGCCCGACGUUAAGCCAGACGACGGCCAGCCCGACGCCCGCUGGCGCUGCUGUCGCGGCCACAGGUGACCCGCACCUGCAGAACAUCUUCGGGCAGCGCUUCGACCUGAUGAGGGCUGGCAGGCAUGUCCUGAUCCAGAUCCCGAGGGGCGCGGGCAGUGAGGGCACCCUGCUUCGCGUCGAGGCGGAAGCGCAGAGUCUCGGGACACAUUGCAGUGAGAUGUAUUCCCAAGAGGUGAACCCUACUGGCAAAUGGGUAGCAAGGAAGCAUCUCGGUGGCCUCCAGUUCCGCGCAGCGGACGACGUCACCGAGACGCCCAAGUGGUUGCGCUUUGGGAGCGUUGACCUGAAACUCGUGCACGGACGUGCGCUGACCGGCGUCAGGUUCCUCAAUCUGUACGUGAAACGAUUGGGGAGCACAGGAAUAAGUGUCGGAGGUUUGCUGGGGAUGGACGAUCACAGCCAGGAAUCAACUCCGUCCACACGCUGCAUCCGAGAACUGAAUCUGGUGAUGUCGCCUAGCUUGCCUAAUUCCUUGUGACGUUCCCGUCGCGGCCGCUGUACAGGAUUAGAAUCCUGAUCACCGACCGGGGGAGCACAUCGAUUCCCGUCCUCCUCUUCUCCUUCUGGGGCCGCCUGGUUCGGCAGCGAAUGCUGCCCCCGUGAGCUCUGCGCGAGGCAGCCAUGCAGUUGCAAGCCCGCUUCCCUCCAAAGAAAUCCCUUUUCCCUAAAAUUGAAAGGGUGUGCAAGGCGUGAUCGGUUUAUAGACUUAAUGAGGCCACGACUUGAUAGCGUCCUCCGAGUGACCA